ACGGUAUAGUCACGCGGACGCUUAAAGAUGGCGGCCUCCAUCAAGGGUGUCGUGCAGCAUUGAUUCACUGUUGACAUGAGCACGUGUAGCUAGAUUCGUGCUUUUCGAGUGGCUGUGACAACCAUGGGCGUUGUGAGACACGUCGUGUGUGCCUUGUCAGGAGGCGUGGACAGCGCCGUAGCGGCUCUUCUGCUCAAACGCACAGGGUACCAUGUAACAGGAGUGUUCAUGAAAAACUGGGAUUACCUUGAGGAGAGAGGCGUCUGUACCUCCGAGCAGGACUGUGAAGAUGCCUACAAAGUGUGUCAGAUACUAGACAUGCCUUUUCAUCAGGUGUCUUUUGUCAAGGAAUACUGGAAUGAAGUCUUCAGUAACCUUUUAAAAGAGUACCAGAAUGGCAGGACACCCAAUCCUGACAUAUUAUGCAACAAGCACAUUAAGUUCAGUCACUUCUUCCAAUACGCCAUCGACACCUUGGGCGCUGAUGCCAUGGCGACAGGCCACUACGCCAGGACGUCCCAGGAGGAUGACGAGGUCUUUCAGCAGAGACACACCCCCCGUCGCCAAACUCUAUUCAGGGAUCGGUUUGAGAUCAGAAACCCGGUAAGGCUGUAUCAGGGAGCAGACAUCUUUAAGGACCAGACGUUUUUCCUCAGCCAGAUCUCCCAGAAUGCACUGCGGCACACACUCUUCCCGCUGGCGGGGCUCACUAAGGACUUUGUGAGGAAGUUGGCAGCGGAAGCAGGCUUCCAUCACCUCCUAAAGAAGAAGGAGAGCAUGGGAAUUUGCUUUAUUGGAGAAAGGAACUUUGAUGAUUUCAUUUUAGAGUAUUUAGAGCCCCAGCCUGGGAAUUUCGUGUCAAUCGAUGAUGGGAAAAUCAUGGGGGAGCACAGAGGCUGGUUUACCCUCACGCUGGGUCAGAGGGCAAGGAUUGGAGGACAGAAAGAUGCCUGGUUUGUGGUGGACAAGGACGUCUCCACACGAGAAGUGUUUGUGGCUCCAGGCACCAAUCACCCAGCGCUGUACCGGGACACACUAAGAACCGCCCGGUUCCACUGGAUCGCUGAGGAGCCGCCGGCGAAACUGGUCCACACCAAAAUGAUGGACUGCAUGUUCCGCUUCCAGCACCAGAUGCCUCUCACACCGUGCACUGUAGUCCUGAAUCAGGAUGGAUCUGUUUGGAUCACGAUCGCUCAGCCUAUCAGGGCAUUAACUCUGGGGCAGUUUGCAGUGCUCUACAGAGGGGACGAAUGCCUGGGCAGCGGGAAAAUAUUGCGCCUGGGGCCGACGCAGCACACCCUGCAGCAUGGCCGGGAACGCAUGAGCACCCUUGCCGACACGAACCAAUCCCCAGAGCCGGCCAGCUGAAGACCUGUCAUGUGACCUCGCAUCACAGACACUGCCCAUUUCACGCGUCACGCACGGAGAUGGAGUAUGCUGGCCAGCUGACUAGGGACCUGUUCCGUUUUUGUGUUUUCUACAGAUAAAGUGACUUUAUCGUUAUUUAAAAAUUGUUUGGUGAGUUAAUGAGAGGGUAGUUCUCACAGCAACAAUAAUGUGUAAAUGAAGUUUAUAAAAAAUUACAAUGGCAUCUUUUUUUCCUGUUUUAGUGUAUUAGUGAGCUGGUGAGCAGGUGCCUUUGAAUUGCCCGCAGUGUCACUGUUUGUGCGCAUAUUUGGCCUAUGAUGGACUGGCAUCCUGUCCAAGGGGAACCAAUCCCCUAUCUAAUACAGCUUUAGCGCUGUUUAUUACAGGCAGAGGUAAGGAGCAUUCACUGAUUACAGUGUUUAUUAGGCAACACACUAUAGUCAUUCGGGGGUGGCGUUAAUAGCCUAUACUGUGUCCAAUACUAGAUUUGAAUCUUAACAAAUUUAAAUCAACCAUAUAUUGAAAAGCAAAUAGCUAGCUUCAUGUUUCCAAUUUUACCUCUUUAAAUUGUUAAAAUGCUCUUCAUUAUAAUUAAAAAUGUCAUUCUAAAUUA